ACCACCACCACACCCACACACACACAUUCUCUCUCCUCCUACUUUUGAACUUUCUCUCUGCUCGGAACAGAUACUCCGAAUAUCUUCUUCUUCUUCUUCAUCUGAGCUCAACCCACUUCUUGAGAGAGAAAAUUCACCUCAUGUGUUUCAUAAAGCCAUAAACUUGAGGAGUUUUUUCAACUUUCAACACUCUCUUGGCUUUGCCAAUCCUCUUGGAUGUGAAUUUUAUUUGAAAUAUUUUCUUUAAGCUUAUGUUAUGAACUGCACCGAAAGGUCAGCUUCAGCUUCUCACUGAAGCAUAAGCUUUGACGAGUUUGAAACAAAGGGGGCAUGCUACUUUUCGGGGAGGGGAAGGAAGAAGAUAAUUAUUGAUUCAUUUCAGGUUCAUCUGUGGGGAAAAGAUUGUGUUUUUAAUUUUUUUUUGGUUGCUCUUGAUGAGGAGGUGAAAUUUGAAGAAGCCUUGACUCUAGAUGCUUUUGGAAUGAUGAGGAGUAUUAAUACAUAGAGGAAUUGGGGUUUGAUUUUUACUAUGGAGAUGUUGUUUAUGUAGAAAGGAAGAUUCAGGGGAGGUUGGUUUUGUUUUGUUGUUGGAUUGAAAGAUUAUUAUUAUUAUUAUUUUUUUUGGAUUAUUUUUUAUUUGUGUGGAUAACGAUUGAAAUGAGGAAUUGGGGUAUAGUUUAAGGUUGCAGCAUGAGUUUCAGAGACAAGAACGUAGGAGGAGGAGAAAGGGAAUGUGAAGAAUCGGUGUUGGGGAGCAAUGAAUCAAAAUCAGUGAGGCAAAAUGGGUUGUUAACAAACACGCAGUUAACAAUUGAUGAGAAUCUUCUGGUUGACCCUAAACUGCUCUUUAUUGGGUCCAAGAUUGGUGAAGGUGCUCAUGGUAAAGUUUAUGAAGGAAGGUCAAAUUCCCUUGCAUGUAAGACCCCACAGUGGUAUGGAGAUCAAAUUGUUGCAAUCAAAGUUCUGCAUCGUGGGAGCACUUCAGAAGAAAGAGCUUCCCUUGAAAAUCGUUUUGCUCGGGAAGUUAAUAUGAUGUCUCGUGUCCACCAUGAGAAUCUUGUUAAGUUUAUUGGAGCGUGUAAGGAUCCUCUUAUGGUUAUAGUCACAGAGCUAUUACCCGGGAUGUCACUGCGGAAAUACUUAAUGAGUAUCCGUCCUAAACUAUUAGACCUUCAUGUGGCUAUAAACUUUGCCCUUGAUAUUGCUCGAGCCAUGGAUUGCCUACAUGCCAAUGGGAUCAUACAUAGAGAUCUGAAACCCGACAAUCUGUUGCUUACGGCAAAUCAGAAGUCUGUUAAACUUGCAGAUUUUGGUCUUGCAAGAGAAGAAUCUGUGACUGAAAUGAUGACAGCAGAAACAGGAACUUACCGUUGGAUGGCACCAGAGUUGUACAGUACUGUAACAUUGCGUCAGGGAGAGAAAAAGCACUAUAACAACAAGGUUGAUGUGUAUAGCUUUGGAAUUGUUUUGUGGGAGCUACUAACAAAUCGCAUGCCUUUUGAAGGGAUGUCGAAUUUACAGGCUGCUUAUGCUGCUGCAUUUAAGCAAGAAAGACCCAACCUUCCGGAUGAUAUAUCACCUGAUCUUGCUUUUGUCAUACAAUCAUGCUGGGUUGAAGAGCCUAACAUGAGACCAAGCUUUAGUCAGAUUAUCCGCUUGCUCAAUGCAUUUCUCUUCACACUCUCACCACAAUCUCCUCCUUUGCCAGAACCUGACAAUGAACCUGAGGUGGCUACAACAAGUAAUGGUACCAUUACCGAGUUUUCUGCUCGAAACAGAGGAAAGUUUGCUUUUCUUCGCCAUUUGUUUUCUUCCAAGAGGACCAAAAACUAACAGUGAGUGAUAAUUUUUUUUUUAUAAUUCCCUUUUGUUGUAGAUGAAAAGAGUUGCCAUGCUACGGUAUAUAUAAUUUUAGUGCAUUAAUUGAGGAACCAUUAUCUAAGGUGACAACUAGAAAGAUGUAACAUGUUCCAUAAAAGAAUAGAAUGUUGUUUAUAGACUUUUUGAAGGAAAAAGAAAAGGGAUUGUUUACAUUAUCUACUUGAUCUUGUUGUAAAGGAACACAAUGGUUUAGAUGUUUUCCUGUUUUAAAAAAUGUUAUUAAUUACUGUGUAGUAAUUCAUUGUAAA